AUGGGCAACAAGCAAACGGUCUUCACUGAUGAGCAGCUGGAAGCCUACCAGGAUUGUACCUUCUUCACGAGGAAGGAGAUCAUGAGGCUCUUCUAUCGCUACCAGGACCUGGCCCCCCAGCUUGUCCCUCUCGACUAUACCAGCUAUCCAAAUGUGAAGGUGCCUUAUGAACUCAUUGGCAGCAUGCCCGAGCUGAAGGACAACCCCUUCCGCCAGAGGAUUGCCCAGGUGUUCUCUGAGGAUGGGGACGGACACAUGACAUUGGACAACUUCCUGGAUAUGUUCUCUGUGAUGAGCGAGAUGGCUCCCCGCGAUCUCAAAGCCUAUUAUGCUUUUAAGAUUUAUGACUUCAACAAUGAUGACUACAUCUGUGCAUGGGACCUGGAGCAGACGGUGACCAGACUGACGCGGGGGGAGCUCAGCGCUGAGGAGGUGAGCCUGGUGUGUGAAAAGGUGCUGGACGAGGCGGACGGAGACCAUGAUGGACGCCUGUCCCUGGAAGACUUCCAGAACAUGAUCCUGCGGGCACCCGACUUUCUCAGCACCUUCCAUAUCCGCAUCUGA